AGUUUGAGGUAAAAUAGAUAAAAUAUUAUUUUGGUAGGGUAUUUUAAUAAAAAAAAAAUAAAGAAGAGUGGUCUUAGUAUCAAUAAAGUUUGUGGAGAUGGAGAUUGAGAGGAUUAAAUGGAACGAGGAAGGGCCAUGGGAAUGGAAAAGUAUUUUGAAGCUCUGAGCUAAAUACAUUUUUAGCUAUUAUAAUAGGUCACUUGUGUUGGUGUGACUGUGAGUGCAGCCCUACCCAUUUCAAACUCCACUCAGAAAUUACCUCGAUUACCAUUCUCAUCUCUCUCCUCUCUUCGAUGUUUACCUGCGGGGAUACUAGAUGAGCAUCUUCACUUAGAUUUCCAAAUCGAACAAUGGUAGCCGAGUUAUGAGCCUCUGCUCUCAAACUACUCCUCCUACCCUCGAUCUUCCGGCAAACUACUCGCAACAAGUUGCAGAAACAAGGGUUCCUAGAGAACUAGAGAUAUCUCUCUUUUCCUCCCUCUAAUUCUCUUCUCCAGAUUACUGGAAAAUGCCUUCCACAUAUCCUGCAACUGCAACAUUUGGAGGAUUCGAUUCUUGAAGGCUGCCAUGGGAUUGAUGAUUUUGAGCUUUCGUCUCCCUUCAAACUAAAGGGUCACUGAUUUUCUCAGUUAAUCUCGUUACAGACAAAUAAUUAUGCACCACAGUUAUAUCAGCUCAACUGUAUAUGGUCUUAGAACUAAAGGGUCUCUUUCGUUUUCCUUCAAUGACUACUCCAACUUACUUAAUGAAAGAAUUGAUAGAAACCCAAUUCAUAAUGUUUCAUCAGCAUCAUCAUGUUCCCAAUGUUGUUCAUGCUGUGCAUUUUCGACGCAGAAAGUUCCCAUAAAUUUAAGCUGUUUAUAUGGGCUGCGGCAAUCUUCGCUACUCCAACGAUCAGCUUAUAGGAAGUUGGUCUUGGGUGGUGGACAACGAUAUUGUUGCUAUUAUCCUCCUUAUAAUCUUGACAGGGGGUGUUAUGUCAGUUCUUGCUCUGUCAAGGCGAGGAGUGUUUAUAAUUACACCAGUAGGAGAAGUAGGGGAAGAUGUUGUUGCAUGGUGCAGAAUGGAGAUAGUGAGGCUUAUGAUUUGAGCUGUCUCGAUGAGGCCGAGGCAUUGCUCAGCUUGCUGUGUGAGGAAGUUGAUGAGGAUUAUGUUGGUGGUAGGAGGAGAAAUUGGAGGUCCUAUAAGACAGUUGAAGCUAAGGGUAAAGGUUUUAGUGGUAGAGAGAGUAAUUUAAGAUUAUCUGACAGGUUACAACUGAAAAAGAAAGGAAAUGAUGGUAGCAUUUGUAGUUGCGAGAAGAAGAAAAAUGGUGGGCAGAGAUCAUUGGAAGGUAAUAAGAAUCAUGGUCUUGAAUCAGUCACAACUGAGUUGCGGGAAGAAGAGUUGAGGAGGAAGAAUGAAAAUGGAGCUAGUUUGAGAGGCAACACUAGUAGGUUAAGAAAAGAAGCUUCUAGUUGUUCAUCUUAUUAUUCGUUUUCAUCUUCAGGGGAUUUUGAUGAUGAGACUGAAGUUCAUGAUAAGCAUACUCUCUUAGCAGAGGAUUCUUUAUCUGGCAAUGAGGACUUGGAAGUGAAAGGUGAAGGAAGAUUCAAUGGCCAGGUGGAAGAGAGAUAUAGGAGGCGUGUAGAUGAUAUAGAUGUCCAUGGAGAAACAUCAAAACAGAAGAAUUUGUCAAUAUCAGGUGGUGUUGACUGGGAUUGGAGGAAGAAAUUGGAGAAGCCUAGUGAUAGAUUGGGUCAAGACACACAACAUGGCGGGGAAUCCUCAGAAAGGCAUAAUAGAAGAUUGAGAAACUAUGAAGGUCUUCAUGAAAAUGCCUCCAGUUCAUAUAAGCAAUUCAAUGAUGAGGAGAUUUCAACUUUGGCAGUGAAUUUGGGCAGGGAUUCACGAAGACAUUAUGCUCAAGGUGGGAACCAAACAGCUGAAGUGUCUACAUCUAGAAGGAAAUUAUCACAGAAAGAAAUUUCAGAAAUCUGCAGAGAUGAUGUCAAAACAACUUCACAGUCUCGGAGGAGACCAAGUAGCAUGGAGGGAAAUGUAGAUAUAGAUUUGAAUUUUGUAGGAGAAGCAAAAGAUGAGCGGCAAAAAACAGUUGUCCAAUCAGCUGAAAAAGAUGAUUUGAGGAAAACUCAGCAAUUUGGUAAAAGUUCAGAAGUUCAAGAUUAUAAUUCUGAAGUGACCUCUGUCCAGCAGAGCCGUUCUGAAAUUUGCAUAGGUGUUGAAAAGAAUAGAACAAAUGUUUUAAGUUCACUUCGAGCAAGGGAGCAACCGUAUCGUCAAACAAGUCAACAAGCUAAUGGAAGAGGAAAAUCCCAACUAGCCUCUGAUAUAUCAGAAGUUUAUAAUAGUAAUAUUGAGAAAACUUCAAUCAAGCAGUCUGAAUCUAGUAUUUCAAAUCAGGUGGAAAACAUAAACUUGGUUUACAAUUCGCAUCCAGGAUCUAUGGAGCGGUGUCCAAGUCAAAAAUGUACUCAACAAGCUCAAUCAGGUAGAGGGUCUUAUGAUGCAAAUGACGUAGAUAUGGCACGUGCCAGUAAAACAGAGAGAGUCAUUGAUUCUCAUAGAAUUUCUGAAAGGAAGGCACAUCAAGAAAGUAAUACAAUAACAUUGGUUGGUAAAACAAGAGAAGGGAACAACCAAACUAAUGAAAAGCUCCAGCACGCCAAAACAAGAUUGGAGUUGGCAGAGGCUUCUACGUCUCAAGAAUUGUUUGAUUUGGAUACUCUGACUAGAAUGCGAAAGGAUGAUGCAGAAGAGGGGGUUCGUAGAAGCUCACAGACAUUGUUAAUGCCUCCCCCAUCUCAGUUGUUAUCUAGAAGCUCGCACGACGAUGACCUGACCAGUGAAGUUCAAAGGCAAAAGUUUUCCAGCAUAACUUCAGAAAGUGGUCCCAGUUUGUUGCAUGCUGAUUCCAGAAAACAACCUUUAGCUUUACACCAUGAAUCAUAUAAAAGAAACAAAAGGACCGAGAGUCAUGGGGAGCCUCUACUUCACGCCAACCCCGAAGAUUCUCUGGGUUCAGCUGAUCGCUUACAGCAAUCCUCCACUCACUUUGUUGGAGAGUUCAUUGAGCAGGUAAGGCAAGAAGUUUCGGUUUCUGGAACUCAGAAUGUGAGGAAUGAUUCUGAAACAAGAUUUGCCUCUGAAGAUGAUAAUAAAAGUCAAAAGAGCUCAACUCAUUAUAGCUCUCAAGACUUCCAAAUGAAAGAGCAAGAAUCUGGUAGUUCAGGAACCAAGGGCCCAUCAGAUGAGAUGUGGGAUGUUACCGACCCAUCUUUUAUCAAGAACCCAAAGGAGGAUGGAGAGACAAGUGCAACUGCUGAAAACGCCGAUGUAAAAAGAAGUGGCAGGUCCUUGUGGAAUAUUAUAGGAGAUAUAGUCUUACUGAGAUGGGGUUCACGUCCUGAAACCCCUAGUUCUGCUACAAGGUCUCGUCGAAAGACUUCAUCAAACGAAUCUGCUGGUAGUGAAUCAUACUUUUCUACCCAUGAACCUGAACAGAGUAAAGAUAAGCAUGAAAGGGACAAAGGCUUGCAACCAGAAAUCACAACUGAUCGGCUGCAAGUAACUAGAUUGUCCAGUCCAGGUCAAGAAAAUGAAUCGGACAUGUUGGGAUUGACAGAUCAGAUAAGAAUUAAUGAAGUAGCACCAUCAUCAUCUUCACCGAAAACGAUUAAAAGGGGGUCAACAUUAAAAGGAAUUUCUUUAUCUGUAGAUGGAAAUCUAGGUUGGAAUGAAGAUGAUAAGAGUUUUCAAGUUUCCCCUGAGAUGGAAAUAGUGGAAUCUUCCUCACAAGCUACUGCUAGAGGUGAAAGUUCCAAAAGCAGUUUGGGGGAGCAGGUGGAGCAACAAGAGUUAGUUAAGUCGGCUGAACUAUCAGGAGUUGAAGGAAGUGGUGGAGAGCUGAAAAGAAGAAAGCUUCAGCGGAAUAAACAAGUACCAAAGGAUAGAUUUGACGAAUGGGAAGAAGCAUUUAUACUUGAAAGUGAUCAACGAAAAAUUGAUGAAACGUUUAUGAGAGAAGCGCUUUUAGAAGCUAAGAAGGCUGCUGAUACAUGGGAGGUGCCUGUUGGUGCUGUACUGGUGCAAGAUGGGAAGAUCAUUGCUCGUGGUCACAACCUAGUGGAAGAGUUAAGGGACUCCACUGCCCAUGCUGAAAUGAUUUGCAUACGAGAGGCAUCAAACCAACUUCGAUCAUGGAGGCUUGCGGGCACUACCCUAUACGUAACACUAGAACCAUGUCCCAUGUGCGCUGGAGCAAUACUUCAAGCAAGAAUUAACACUCUUGUAUGGGGAGCUCCAAAUAAGCUUCUUGGUGCUGAUGGCAGCUGGAUAAAGCUUUUCCCCGGUGGUGAUGGAGAAAACAACUUGGGAGCAUCAGAUAAGCCAACUCCUCCUGUUCACCCAUUUCACCCAAAUAUGAAUAUUCGACGGGGUAUACUGGCAUCUGAGUGUGCAGAUGCUAUGCAGCAAUUCUUUCAGUUGAGGCGGAAAAAGAAGGAAAAGGAGGAGGAGGAAACACCGCCAACUUCUCGGCUUUCUAGUUCCCAUCCAUCAAAGCUACUUAAAAAGAUGCAUGAAGUCUUCCACAUGACGUUCUGUUUGUGAGAAUGAAAGAACAAGCCCUCCAUUUUCUUCUCAAUCUUGAUGUUCGGUAGUGUUAGACGGCCUAUAAGCUUAACAUACUCUAGGAUCAAGAAAGGAUGAGAAAAAUCUAAUGCUUUUUGUUA